CUCGAGUUCAGAUCCACACGAGUUUCGGUGCCCACGUUUGUUCGCUGGAUAUUUUUCCCGAGAUACUUGAAGCCUGGAAGUCGAUUAGGUCUAGCCCGCGUUUUGCAAAGAGGUUGAUUUGCCCCCGUUUCAUUUCCGCAUCCGAUUAUGAACCGGCUCAGCAAUCAUCAGAUGUAUUUGAAAUUAGCGCUUCGACGCCGUACCGAACUGUGGUUUAGGGUUCCAAGUGUUCGAUCGGUUGCAGGUUUUGUAAAUUUGGUAAUGUGAAUGCGAGAUCCAGUAAUUUCAGAGAUGGUUGCACCUGUUCCCCUCCGCUUCAGUCCGGAGUACUGUAACCAAUUCAGACAGACCUCUCUUGGAAUCCCGCUCUCUUCUCCAUAUCACUUGCAGCUACGAUCAGUGUCUUGAGUAGAAUUUCCAGCGGUUUGCAGUAGCUGUUGUUACUUGAUGUCGAAUACUCAAAAGAGCUUACCACGGAUCAGUGCCCACUGAAGAGUUCUCCAUGCCCACGAAUUUGAGCUACGGAGUCUCGCCAGAUGAAUGAGAGAAAUAAUGACUUCCGAUGAAUAGGUUUUCUCAAUGCUCUGAUCGUCUGAAUUGGAGUUACGCUCACACGAAGUUGGAUCUGUAUGCUGCCAAUGCACUUCAGGACGAAGCCUCGCAUGAUCUCGGUUAGGACGUGUACACAUGCCGGAGUUUCCAAGCUGUAAACAGCAGAAUGUAGAGUACUGCAAAACCAUCAAAGGCUUCCACAGUUUGUCCUUGAAUGGUAUUCCUUACAGAUGCAGUGUAAGGCAGAUACAAGUUUUGAUUGAAUGAGAACUUUCCCUUCGAGACGCAGAUUGCAAUUGGGAUGCAGAUUUUGGUGCCAUGUUCAUGGUCUUUCAUGGUUGAAAUUCUGUUCUCAAAUUAGCAGCAAUUGCUCCGUCUUGGCGCAAGAGUUUAUUCAGAAUGGAUCACAAAAGACGUGUAGCUGCGGAGGGGCCCCUAGCACGCAAGCGUCUGAAAGAUCAAUCGCACGCGACAACGUCCCCGUCUCCAAUGAUGUUUCUGCUCGGUGGCUCGUCAAAUCGGGCAGCGAGGAGUUUGGAUAUCCAGGACUUAGACAAAAUGGUCGAGGACUCAACUUACAGAGAGCUAUUGCCAGUUGUCAGGAAGGAGCUGGUGAUCAAACGAGAUGUCGAUAUGGCACUGAUUCGCAGAGGCGUGAAAAGGUUGAAGGGUGGUAAUCAGGAGGAAAUGGUUUGCGCAGUUUGCCCCACCCCUAAAAAAUUUAAAGGCUGGGGCGCUUUGUUAAUCCACGCUGAGAGGUUCGUGAAGGAGAAGGCGCGUCAGCACCGUGGAUAUUUUCGUGCACUCAAGCAGGCUCUCCAGGAGGAAGAAAAUUCCAACUCAGACGGAAAGUAUUUUCAGGAAUACGGACGGAAGGAUGUCCAGCCUCUAGCUCGGUCUCUCAGCACUGCGCAGGCAGAGGAGGAUGAUAGAGUGGCAUCCUGGAAGCCGAACAUCUUGAUUGUGCAAGACGACAAGAUCGAUGAAGUGGAACGGAUAAUUUGUCCAAGGGCAUCACAUCGGGAGAGUGAAGUUAAUCGACACGCUUGCUCUGGCAUGGACAGAACAGCCAAGCCUCGGCUUAAGGAAAUUCUUGCUGUCUACAGCUCAGGCAAGGAUGGCAAACGCAAUGUGUUCGUAUUCCCGGCCACAGAGGUUGGCUACAUCAAUGGAAAAGAGUUGACACUUGCAUGUUCCAAGGAGCACACAACAUUAGAGUACAACUGCGAUGAUCAUCGUAAUCUUAGCAGCAAAGCCAACGAGAAGGCAGUAUCAGCCUCCAUUUCCAACAUGGCUCUCAAAGGGUGGACAAAUAUAAAGGAGAAGAAUGGGCUGAAGCUUUUGCCAGACAAAGAGGUAAAUGGUCGGAAAGGGGAGCUGUUCGACGACGGCAAAUUUGAUCGUAUCGGUAAAAUCAUGACUCGUUGGGCGGACAACUUCAAGGCCAUCAACCGCAACUUCGAAGUUCAACGUUCCUUUAGACUUGGCAGUAGGAUGUACGAGCUGGACCGAGUUUGGCAAGAUGAUUUAAAAAGAAUAGAAAGCUACGCCCCGUCCACCAAGAAGAAGGUACGGAACCAAAUAACAGCUAUUGAGGAUGAGCUCAAGAAAGAGCAUUUAGUGUGGUUGCAAGAAGUUGAGGACGUCCGUGAGCAAUUUCAAAGGAUGGCGGACAGUAUGAAGAAGGAAGAGGAAAUAAAUAACUUGAGGAAUUUACGUUGUAAGGAGAGAAAUCUGAGGAAGCAACACCAAAUGGAACACGAACAGAUGCGUGUUGAGAAUAUGCAACGACAUAGCCGAGUCAAUUCUGAACUAAUAUCAAAGAGAUACAAGCGUAAUGUGGAAGGGCAACUGAUGGUGGAGACAUGGAUUGACGAAUACCACAGGUUGUGGCGUGAAUCUACUAAAGCCAAGAACGAACGCCUUCGCCUUCAAACUUUACACGACAAAGUCCACACCAAAGCGUACAUCACCAAGAAGCGAGAGUGCCCAAUAUGUUUUGAGUUGUUCAGGAAGCCCGAGACAUCAUCGAGGAGCAACGACGAUCUCUUUCGCAAGUUCUACCCGGUCAAUAAGUUGUGUUUAGACUUGACGUGUCCUCAAAGACACAAAUUCAAGUCCUAGUUUCACUCUCUUCCUAUUGAGUCCCAUCAUUGAUUACGACAUGGCCAUCGUUGCUGUUCAGGGCAGUCACUUGGGACAUAUCAAGUGAUGCUCUAUUUGUGAGAGACUGAUCCUCACAACGAGGGAUUUCGGUAACAAAACAAUCAGCCUUGCCAUGGAACUUAACAGGAUGGCUACAACAGCAGCCAAACGGAAUAAACCAUGAGAAGUGAAGUCAGGAACCUCCAUGAGAUUAUGUCCCUAAAUCGAUGUACUAACUCGUUUGUAAUAGUUGGCAGCCUGCCAAAAGUUUGAGAAGUUUUAGAAGUGCUUACCAAAACUGGUUACAAUUUUAGAGCUUUGAAAUAAAGACAUUUAUAAUAUUUGUUGUACUGCGCAAAAGUCUCAGAAAUUAAACUGCCAUUAGUGUUAUUCCCAACAGUCUGCAUUUUUUCCAUGUAAACUAACGUGACGUUUUUUCAUAUGUAAUUAGUUUUAAAUCAAGUAU